GGCAUGUUACUUUUUCUCUCUGCUUUUUUGGGAAACUGAGAAAAAGUGAUGAUUGAAAGUGUAGGAAGGUUGAUGAGGGUGAAGGAUCGGUAGACGAAUUGAAAUUAAAGUUGGAGGAAGAUAGUGAUGGCGAAUUCGAGCAGAUACAGCAGUUACAACUGUCUGACGAGUUGGGACAGCUAUGAUCGUAUUCCGAGAGUUCGUGUCGAGUACUAUGUGAAUGAGAAUACAUUCAAGGAACGCCUUCAGCUCUACUUCAUCAAGAACCAACGCUCGAGUCUCAGGAUACGAUUGGCUAAUCUUUUUUUCAAGCUACUAACAUGCUCCCUGUACAUUUUCCGAGUUGUCACCGACAACGAUCCUACAUACGCCGCAUGUUACGGUUGCACGGCCGCCAACAAGAGCGAAUUUCUGGUAUCGAGACUUCUCACGGGAGAAGAAUUCCAAGACAAUCCAACCAUCAACUGGGAUGCAAUUCUAUGGGUACGAAGACCUCUGGAAUUGUGGAUCGUCCAGGUGAUUCUAGCGAUGAUAUCAUUGACGGAAACGUUGCUUCUCGCCUAUCUGGGAUACAAGGGAAACAUCUGGCAGCAACUCCUGUCUUUCCACUUCAUCCUGGAGUUGGUCACAACAAUCCCGUUUACGAUUACGCUACUUUAUCCUCCAAUGAGAAACCUCUUUAUACCAGUUUUCCUGAAUUGCUGGCUGGCGAAACAUUCGUUGGAAAAUAUGUUCAACGAUUUACACAGAGCAAUGCAAAAGUCCCAGUCAGCUCUGAGUCAACAGCUAAUGAUUCUUAGCGCCACGUUACUGUGCCUUGUUUUUACGAGCGUUUGUGGGAUUCAACACUUUCAGAGGGCAGGACACAGGCACCUAAACCUCUUCCAAAGCACAUAUUACGUUGUUGUAACAUUCUCCACAGUCGGAUACGGAGAUUUUGUGCCUGACAUUUGGCCUUCUCAGCUCUACAUGGUCAUCAUGAUAUGUGUAGCACUUAUUGUCCUGCCAACUCAAUUUGAACAGUUGGCCUUUACGUGGAUGGAAAGACAGAAACUGGGUGGUUCCUAUUCGUCUCAUAGAGCCCAGAAUGAAAAACAUGUUGUGGUGUGCAGUACAACCUUACAAGCAGAUACCAUCAUGGAUUUCCUGAACGAAUUUUAUGCGCAUCCUUUGCUUCAGGACUAUUACGUGGUGCUUUUGUCACCAAUGGAGCUGGACACAACAAUGAGAAUGAUCCUUCAAGUGCCGAUCUGGGCUCAAAGGGUAAUUUACAUUCAGGGCUCGUGCCUGAAAGAUGGUGAUCUCGCGAGGGCUAGGAUGAAUGAGGCUGAGGCCUGUUUUAUCCUUGCUGCGCGAAAUUACGCGGACAAAGCAGCCGCGGAUGAACACACCAUCCUCAGGUCCUGGGCCGUGAAAGACUUUGCACCCGAUGUCCCUCAAUACGUUCAGAUCUUCCGUCCAGAGAACAAGCUCCAUGUGAAAUUUGCGGAACAUGUAGUUUGUGAGGACGAAUUCAAGUAUGCCCUUUUGGCCAACAACUGCACAUGUCCAGGAGCAUCCACUCUGGUCACUCUGUUAUUGCAUACAUCCAGAGGGCAGGAAGGCCAGCAGUCACAAGAAGAGUGGCACAGGCUUUAUGGGAAAUGCUCAGGCAACGAGAUUUAUCACAUAAUUCUAGGGGAUUCGCGAUUUUUCGGCGAAUACGAAGGAAAGUCAUUCACGUACGCCUCGUUUCACAGUCACAGAAAAUAUGGGGUAGCUCUGGUCGCAGUCAGACCAGCAGAGCUUCCGGAAUUCUACGAGGACACUAUUCUGCUCAAUCCGGGUCCACGACAUAUCAUGAAGAAGACGGACACCUGUUACUACAUGAGUAUCACCAAGGAGGAGAAUUCAGCAUUUGUAGUCGCAAAUAACCAAACUCCAGGAACUGAAUUUUCGGGAGUGGCAGUGGACCCGAAAAGAGAUAUGUCAACAAGAAGUACCAACUUCCUCUCACCAGGGGCCCCGCUAACUUCAGUGCCAACUUCUGCAGCAACCACGACAACAACUAUAUCGCCGACGGUUCCAGCUGGAGGGAAUGGUACAGCCAUGAGUAAAGGUGUUGAAUCGCACCUGCGAUAUAAAAAAAAUGUUAACGAAACAUCAGCCAGACAGGAGACCUGUAAUAACAAUUUGGCUCCCAAGGCUAUGUUGCCUCCUGUUAUCUUGCAGGUCCCCCUUAGCACGUCCACACUCCAACACCACAACCUACUCUCAUCCGAUGUCCACCCAACAUAUCUGGAUGCUGGGGGAAUGGGAGAUUCAAGACAGUGCCUGAAGGACGCAGGAUCCUCGCCACAAACACCAAUCACAGGAAACCACCUUGAUGUUCCAAGAUCAAUGGACCCAAAUCCAAACCUUCUUAGUCCCGAAAUUUUAACACAGAGAAGAGGCAGUAGAAGGCCAAGCAUACUACCUGUGCCAGAUAUGUUGACGAGUUCCACCUUAAAUCUACCUGGCCAGGAAUCUCUAGAUCACGAGGGUGAUGAGUCAGAAGAUGAAAUGGAUGACGACGUACCCUGGAGAUCACCAAGUGAAAAGAUAGCCUUUAAAGGAAUCGUCAAGGGAUUUCCGCCUGUCUCGCCCUUCAUCGGAGUUUCACCUACUCUCUGUUAUUUACUUAAGGAGAAAAAGCCACUCUGUUGCCUUCAGCUGGCCCAAGUCUGUGAGCAUUGUAGUUACAGAAAUGCGAAAGAGUACAAUUGGCAGAACAAGACCAUCAUCUUGGCUGCGGACUAUGCCAGCAAUGGUAUCUACAAUUUUAUCAUCCCCUUGAGAGCACACUUCAGGUCAAAGACGUCCUUAAAUCCCAUCAUCCUUCUGUUGGAAAGGAGACCGGAAAUUGCAUUUCUUGAUGCGAUCUCCUAUUUUCCUCUCAUUUACUGGAUGCUCGGCUCCAUAGAUUGUCUGGAUGACCUUUUGCGAGCUGGUAUCACUUUAGCGGAAAAUGUAGUCGUUGUCAAUAAAGAACUCAGCAAUUCUGCAGAAGAAGACACGUUAGCUGAUUGCAAUACUAUCGUUGCUGUUCAAACUAUGUUCAAAUUUUUUCCGAGCAUAAAGAGCAUAACGGAGUUGUCACAGUCUAGCAACAUGCGAUUCAUGCAGUUUCGAGCACACGACAAGUAUGCACUUCACCUCAGCAAAAUGGAAAAGCAAAAUGCUGAACGAAAUUUGACGACUCGUCGGUUAUCCAGUCCUAAAAGUCCACUUUUGCAGAGAGAAAAAGAGAGAGGCUCUCACAUAUCCUACAUGUUUCGGCUACCCUUUGCUGCUGGAAGUGUUUUUAGCGCCUCUAUGUUGGACACACUUCUUUAUCAAGCUUUCGUCAAAGAUUAUGUGAUAACUUUUGUUAGAUUGCUACUUGGGGUUGAUCAGGCGCCAGGAUCUGGAUUUUUAACUUCAAUGAAAAUAUCGAAAGAAGACAUGUGGAUCAGGACCUAUGGGAGACUCUAUCAAAAAUUGUGUUCGACCACCUGUGAAAUUCCAAUUGGAAUUUAUAGGACCCAAGAUACGACAUUGACAGACACUUCUAACGGUGACUCAGAUGCUGAGAGCGACGCUGGUGUAGGUGUGACGUACAAAAUACGCCAUUCGUCUGCUGCAUCCUGUUUAGCUAAUUGUACCAGAAGUGACAAGGCUUCUUCACCUGUGAGUAAAGUCGAUUACUCCGUGAGCGUUGGAGAUGAGGCCAGAGACAACCACGCUCAACAGAUCGAGCGAGCUGAGAUAGCAAAUCUUGUAAGAUCCAGGAUGGAGUCUCUAAACCUACCAACAGCCGACUAUGAUGACGUCUCCGAAAAACGGAACAGCCUCUCCUACGUGAUUAUCAACCCCAGCUGUGACCUGAAACUUGAAGAGGGCGACAUCGUCUAUCUGGUUCGCCCAAGUCCUUUUUCAGCUCAGAAAACCUUCGAGCGUCACAACUCUCGACGAAAAAGCAACAUCAGUUUCUGUUCAGCACAGCUAGUGCAACAAAUGAGUGCAGCGGUAGCAUCGGCUGGACUUCCAGGAGCCUGUCCUGGAAGCCGUCGAGGCUCCGGGAUCGGAUUGGUCAGGGCACCACCCCUCGGGACCACAAAAUCCAAUUCCCUUUCCCUACCAGACAGUCCCACCGUGGCUGGUAGCUUGAGAGGUCGUUCGAAUUCCUUACGAGUCGUCGACGACAUCCUGCUCAGACGAAGCAACUCUCUGAGGCAAGGUCUCACCGCAGUCUCUAGAAGGAAAAGCAGUUUGGAAGACAUUGGCUUAGGAGCUCUAUCCCAUCCCUCGAAUCACAAUCCCAUCAAGAUAGCAUUAAACGGUUCCAUUGGGUUGGAAGUGACACCUCCUGAAGAAGGUUCCCAAGGUGGUAGUGCUUCCAACACUGGGAUUCUUGAUGUUGGUCUACCUCCGAUACCUGCUUUCAGGAUGGGGCUCAACCCCAGCCUCAGGUCAGGCUUGGGAGGAUCCUUGGGGGGAUUGUAUGAUCCUCCUUCUAUUCAAGAACCAUCUGGACCAUCCAUCCAAUCCCCAUCCUCUUCUCAGAGCUCUCAAGACCCACAACACAUACAAGGGACUUUUGUAUGAUAUCACCUUAUGUGGGGACGCAGGCUCUCCAGUGUAGUCCGAAAUAAAAAUCAGCAAACUAACUUCAGAAAUAUUAUCUAAUUAGUUUGCUGAACUGGCAUUAGCGUUCCCACAUUAUAUAAUAGGUGUCAGUGAAAGAUGAUAGAUUAGAUAGAGGUGAUUCUGGUAGGAAUGAUCCCUAAACCUUCUUCGAGAGUCGCCGUCGUGUUCGCUGUCGUCGACUACUCGGAGUUUUGUCGAUCUGAUUUCUAUGGUUAGUGACAAAAUUGGGGGAAAUUGUUUAGUUAGGGGUAGGUUCCACGCUGGAAUCACACAUUCCAGAACUCAAUAUCAUCGAUUUUUUUUAAAACCAUCGGAAAUUGUUGGGAAAUUGCUGACUUAAAACACGAUUGCUGGUGAUCUAGGAAAGCUACAGCCAAUCUUAGAAUUCAUUUAAACCAAUAAAACUUUAAUCAACUUUACGGUUUCCUAAUAUAUGGCAACAAAUCCUAACAUGUUUACAUCGAGUUUUGUUCAUGAAAACUAAUAAUGAGCGAACCGUUGGAAUCAAUUAGAACCUAAAAAAUUCUCCAGGAGAUUCAAUCAAAGAAAGACACACUGGGUGUCCAUAAUAGAAAAAUUGAAAUAACUUUCAAACGAUUUCUUUUUCGGUGAAGUUUUCGACCAACUAUAUUUUGUCUACCAAACAAAAAAAGGCCAAAAUUUAAAGACAUAUCUGUAAUCAGUUUGUUUUGUUUAAUUCCUUCGUUGAAUCUACCUAGGGGCAGCCCACUAAAAGAAAUUCCUCCAGUUUGGUCAUAUAAGCAAACUUGAUUUAAUUUCGACAUCAGGCGACCUGAAAUUCGAGCUACCUGAUCGACACGGAGGAAGCUCCGCUGAUAGGGAAAAACCCGGGUGGUGGUGUUCCUGACACUUCGCUUCCUGGAGUUUAACAUCGUUACCUCAUCUUUGACGCAUAUACGAGAUUCAAGACUCAAAAGUGGUGCUUCACGUAAAACCGUUACAAUUUUAUACUUUGUGAGAGACAAUACCACAAGAGAAAAAAAUUUCGUCAGAAUUCAUAUCCGUGAUAGUGUCAAACAUUUAUUUGAUCCUCAAAAGUUACAAUCUGGUUUGAUUCUAAUUUCUACUUAAAAGAGCUUGAAAAAUUCAGAAUCUACUAUAUUGUUUUUUUGAGGCUUUAAUCGAAAUAGACGCUUUAGUGAAGUUUAGAUUAUAAUAACGUACUUGAGAAUGUAAAAGUGAUGAAAAGUGUGAAAAGCGACCUAAUGCAAAAUCUCGUUAAGUAGAUUAAUUUCAUAAAGCCUUUGACAUUUAAUCAGGUGGGUUUCAAAUCUUGCCAAUUCACAGAAUACUUUUUAUUACUGAAGAAAAAUAUUUUUUUGGUACUUUUAGUUGACGGUUCGACCUCUCAAUAAUAAUUAGUUAAUCCUCAUUUUUGACUAUCUUCAAAAUAAGGAUUUAGUUCAGAGUAUCUGUGACUGAGGAGAUCUUUCUCAAAGAAUUUGAUCCAAUUUUUGAAGAAGUACCAAUUAUUCAAAAUGCGAAAUUUUACUUCCGUUCGUGAAUUUAUUCAGUUUUUUGUGAAAUGAAUUCUACAUUUAAUUACUAAGUGCAUAGUGAAUGCAUUUUCACGGAAGCGGGAUCAUUUAAAAGCCAAAUAUAAACUCUUUGACCAAUUCACAAUGUUUUUCUAAUCCUGCAGCUUUAAUUAUUUGAUCGUAGAUCAUUCUUUUGAAAUUCCUUAAGACGAAGGUUGCUAUUUCAAAUAGAAAAGUUCAGAGAUGUUACUUUUUAAUUUCGCCUUUGGGUACCUUCAUGUAGGUGACAUAGAAUUGGGUACCUUGCAGAUUUUUGUACAUAUUUCAAUAAAAUAUUCAAUUUUCUAUUCGAAAAGAUUUCAAACGCCGAAUGUCAGACUUAACUAGAGCGUCAGUAUUAAAAAAUCUUUAAAAAAUAAUUCGUACCUGCUUUCAGUUUAAGUUAAAUUUUCUUCUUUUUGAUCGAUCUCAUAUUAAAUUGGGAAGUUUGAUGCUAAGGAUGUCACGGAAUUAUUUGCGACAGAAAUAUAUUGUUAAUUAAACAA